GCCGGCGUCUGCCCGUCGCUUAGUCCGGGAGGUGUUUUGCUCUUCUUCGCUGAUUUCAGACGCCGAUGUCCUCCAGUCCAAAAUGAAUAAAGAUCAAGUCUCCCUGAUUGGUCAGGUGUUUGAAUCAUACGUUUCAGAAUACCACAAGAAUGAAGUCUUACAGAUCUUGAAGGAAAGAGAUGAGGAUGCUCACUAUCCUGUAGUAGUUGAUGCCAUGACUCUUUUUGAGACAAACAUGGAAAUUGGGGAAUAUUUCAAUGCAUUCCCCAAUGAGGUACUCCCUAUUUUUGAUAGUGCAUUAAGAAGAGCAGCCCUGACAAUUCUACAAUCUCUUUCACAAUCCGAGGAAUUUUAUAUGAAGCAGAAUCUUCAUGCUCGGAUAUCAGGUCUGCCUGUUUGUCCUGAACUGAUGAGGGAGCAUAUUCCUAAAACCAAAGAUGUGGGACACUUUUUAUCUGUCACUGGAACAGUCAUUCGUACCAGUAUGGUGAAAGUUCUAGAAUAUGAACGGGAUUACAUGUGUAACAAGUGCAAACAUGUUUUUGUGGUCAAGGCUGACUUUGAGCAGCAUUAUGCAUUCUGUCGUCCAUCAUCAUGCCCCAACAAAGAAGGGUGCAAUUCUUCUAAAUUCACUUGUCUCUCAGGCUCAUCAUCUUCUCCUGCACGCUGUAGAGAUUAUCAAGAAAUAAAAAUUCAGGAACAGGUCCAAAGGCUAUCUGUGGGAAGUAUUCCACGAUCUAUGAAAGUUGUCCUAGAAGAUGAUUUAGUAGACAGUUGUAAAUCUGGUGAUGAUCUUACCAUUUAUGGGGUAGUGAUGCAGCGGUGGAAUCCCUUCCAUCAAGAUGUUCGGUGUGAUGUGGAGAUAGUGCUGAAGGCCAAUUAUGUCCAAGUGAAUAAUGAACAAUCCAUAGGCAACAUCAUUGAUGAAGAAGUUCGCAAGGAAUUUGAGAAUUUUUGGGAACAUUAUAAAAAUGAUCCCUUGGCAGGAAGGAAUGAAAUCUUGGCUAGCUUGUGUCCUCAAGUUUUUGGGAUGUAUUUGGUAAAGCUUGCUGUAGCCAUGGUACUUGCUGGUGGUGUCCAAAGGACUGAUGCUACUGGAACUCGGAUCCGAGGUGAAUCCCAUCUUUUACUGGUUGGAGAUCCUGGUACAGGGAAAUCUCAGUUUCUCAAAUAUGCAGCAAAGAUUACUCCGAGAUCAGUGCUUACCACAGGAAUUGGAUCUACUAGUGCAGGCUUGACAGUGACUGCUGUGAAAGAUUCUGGGGAAUGGAAUUUGGAAGCUGGAGCAUUAGUCCUUGCAGAUGGAGGUCUUUGCUGUAUUGAUGAGUUUAACAGUCUCAAGGAGCAUGAUAGAACCAGUAUCCAUGAAGCAAUGGAACAACAGACGAUCAGUGUUGCUAAGGCUGGCCUUGUAUGCAAACUGAACACAAGAACCACCAUUCUGGCAGCCACCAACCCCAAGGGCCAAUAUGACCCCUGUGAAUCGGUUUCAGUGAAUGUGGCCCUAGGAAGCCCACUCCUAAGCAGAUUUGACUUGAUUUUGGUUUUGCUUGAUACCAAAAAUGAAGACUGGGAUCGCAUAAUUUCUUCUUUUAUCUUAGAAAAUAAAGGUUGUCCAAGCAAAUCCAAAAAGCUCUGGAGCAUGGAAAAGAUGAAAACUUACUUCUGUCUUAUUAGGAACCUACAACCCAAAUUAUCUGACGUGAGCAACCAAGUUCUUCUCCGUUACUAUCAAAUGCAACGCCAGAGUGACUGCAGAAAUGCAGCCCGUACCACCAUCCGUUUACUAGAAAGUUUGAUCCGCCUUGCAGAAGCUCAUGCCCGGCUGAUGUUCAGAGAUACAGUGACUCUGGUAGAUGCGAUUACAGUGGUGUCCGUGAUGGAAUCCUCAAUGCAGGGAGGUGCUCUUCUGGGAGGUGUGAAUGCUCUCCAUACAUCAUUUCCUGAAAACCCUCUGGAGCAGUACCAAAUGCAGUGUGAAAUGAUUCUGGAAAAGCUGGAGCUUCAGAAUCUUCUGACUGAGGAACUAAGAAGACUUGAUAGGCUAAAGAAUCAAAAUCUACUCUUGUCACAGCCUGGAGAGAAGGGUCCAGAAACUCCUUCUGAGUCUUUGGGAAAUGAUUGGAUAGAAAAACCUAAGCUUUCCGAACAAAAAGAAGCCAAUUGUAAUGCACAGACCUCCAGUACCAAGAGCAGUGAACACUUCAGGUUCCCAUCACACCAGGGGACAAGAGAAAAGAGAAGGACAGAAGCUCUGGGUCAGCCCAACCAGGACAGAGACAGCAGCUUGCACUGGUUUGAUUCCGUGGCAAGUGGGCACACAGAUUCUGAAAACAACUUGGCUGGGCCUCCUGCUCCUGAGAUGACCAAGGACAGCGUGGCUUCGAUGGCACCCAGUGACAAAUCCCACGGCAGGGAAAAGAGAGCAGGGAGCAAAGCAGGAAAUGACCAGCUUCCAGCAGCAGCCAAUACAGAUGUUCCUUUGAGGCUUAAGAAGCCUUUUCAUUUUGCUAAAAAACAACCCAACCUGUCAGAAACAGUUACUGAGGAAGCAGAGUCUCCAGAAGGGCCUGACUCAGUGAUUACUGGGCAUUUGCCUAAAAAACAGCAGAAAUCCCAGGAGUUCUCUGAAAAAGUAUCAAGUGCCCAGGUUAUUUUGCCUCUUUCUCCUGCAGAAGUAACUGGAAAAGUGUUAAAUUCAGAAUCGGAUUUAACUCUCCCUCAUCAUCUUCCCCUCACUCCCUUACAGAGGACUCCUUCAGAGAAAAGAUUGUCAUCUGCCAUGAAAAAAAGACGCAAAACUGGGGAUGAGGUGGAAAGACUAACAAGGAGUGUCCCUGAUAAUGAGGGCGAUGAGGUUCCAGGCCCCACAUUGGCUAAGCUGGCCAAGUUUACAUUCAAACAUAAGUCAAAGCUGAGCCACUCUGAAAACAAUAAUCACACUCCUCUUCCUGCAACAUGUAAAGCUUCAGUGACACUUCCUCAGAUUUCCAGCCAUAGAACAAACAAAGGAGAGCCAAAGGAAGAUGAAAAGUGCCCCCAAAAGGACACAAAAAAGCCAGUGUCCAUUUCUGAGAACAGAAGGUUGAUGGAACUAAUGCACAGUCAGACCAGGGAGAUGGCACGGCAGCCGCAAAGGAAAGAUGAGGGAAGAGAAUCUGCUCUGGUCACUCACACUAAAUCUGGGGUUGAAAACCAAGCUGGUGAGAAAGAGAAAAAGAAGGAUUCGUCCAAUGCUAAAAGCAAGGUUCGAGCUUGCACAUUAGCUAAACUAGCAAGUUUCUCCUUUGCUGGCUCUUCUGAAUCCAAAUCAGAGACCCCACCCACUCCUGGAAACACAAACUGGAGCGAGGGAGGCCCAAGCCACCCUCCUACAAACCCAGCUAUAGCCCUUGGCAGAAGGAAAACUUUUCAGUUGGAGGAGCCUGGAGAGAAAGCUGUCAUUUUAGGAAAAUCUCUCUUCACCUUCUCAGAACUAGAUGAUGAUGAUGAUGAUGAUGCAUUAGAUUUUGAUUGGGAGGAAGAAAUGAGGAAAAACUCCAAAUUGUAAAUUUCAUCAUUCUUCCUUCUGUGGACCACUUCUCGGUGACUGGUGGCAAAGUCUACAGGGAAGGAGAAACAGAAUUUUUGUCUGUGAUACUCAUCAGGUUUUGUGAUUUUCAUUUUGAGCUCCUGUGUGCAUCUACACAAUUUUAAAAAGUUAUAUGAUCAUUUUAAGUUGGUCUAGCAUCUGAUUAUAAGCAAUGUCAGAAACCUUGUUCUUAAUUCUGUCAACAAACUCCUUGUGUCCCAGUGGCGGUUUUCUGCUGAGUUGGUCUUUUCUGGAUCCCUUUUUCUAACCACUUGUUGACAAGAGCUGAGGCCAGGAAAAAAGCAAAUGAACCUUAAUUUUUGCCUUUCUACAUCUUGAUUCUUUGGAUUAUAUCAGUGAAUUUACUGCCAUUGGCAAUGAGUUUUUCAAAUAUCAUGUGGCUUUCUUUGCCUAAUAAUUUUUUGUUUCUUGUUAUAUGUGUGAUUAAUAUUUGUCUGGAAUGUUUUCUUUUUCUUUUAAUUUUGUCUUCCAUGGUAAUCACUUAAGAAUCCAAUUACCAUCCUUUGUCAGCUUUAUAUUAUGUUGGCCUUGAGUUAAACUUCUCUGAAGUUUUCAUCUCAUUUAAGGAACACCAUUUUCUAUUUUAGAAUGUACUUUUUUAAUUCAGUUUGUUUUCUGGAAUGGGAAGGGAAAAGAAAAGGAUGUGGAAUAAGGCUAAAUCACAAAUCAUAUCUCAGGUAACUAGAUUGACAAAAUAGGAUUGUGAGUCCUUCUUGAGUGAUUCAUUUGUCCUAAAGAUUAUUUGGUAGCAAGAGAUACCUUAAAUCAUUUUUCUUAGUUGAUUUCAAACAGAUUCUUAGUUUGGGUUCCCAUGUACGUUUUUAGUGUUUCACAGGAUUCCAUCAUCAUGAGUUUUUUUCAUCUGAAGAAUGAAUUUUCAUUUUUGGUGCUUCCCCAAGCCAUCUGGGGGAAAAACAUGUAGUAUAAAGAACUAUAAAUAUAUAUUAAAGGGAAAAAAAUUCAGGAAUUAUCCCUUAACUCUGAUUCAGCUUGCCAGAAGGUUUUUAUUUCAAACCUAUGAUCUCAUUGCAAACACUUUCAUAGUGUUAGAACAUUUAAACUCUCUGAGUUACACCAUCUUCUGUUUCUCACACUGUAUUGCACCAGAUUAAAUUCUAAUGUGCUUCUGCUGAAGCACAGACCGGAUAAUUUUGUGAAUGCUCUUGUCUCCUAAUGAAUAUAUGUCCACAAGCCAUUCUGUGAAUGUGCAGUGGUGUGGGAGAAUUUCCUUCUUCUCUUACUUUUCUUGUCUUUCUUUCAUAUUGUUGAGAAAUAAAAGUAAAAGAUACAGGUAUUUUGAGAUGGUUAUCUUUGAUCCGAUUCAACUAAAAUAUAUAAUCUGUUUUGUUUUGUUUUGUCUUUUUGCUAAAGGUAUACUUAAUUUUAGGUUAGCACAAGUUCUUUCUUAAUUGAAGAAGAUUGACUUUCUAUUCUAACAAACAGGACAGAAAUGACUUUUUAGCGCUAACUUUGUGUUAAAUCCUUUUACUUGUAAAGUGCUCUUGAUUUCCCAUACUCAUAGUACAAAAUUUUCUGCCCAAUUGAUAGAAUGACAUGGAAACCAAUGACUGAGUAGAUAACUGCUCAUCCUUCAAAAGAAUCCUUAGACUAAUCCUCAUGCAGCUCCUUUACUUUAAGGAAAUCUUAAUUCUGCCCUGGAACUAGAAAGUCUGCCAGAGGCCACAUUGGGCUAGAAACUUUGUAAUGCCGCUAAGUUGAACAGAUCUUGUAAGCAUGGGAGGUUAGGGAAAAUUUGAAUUUAAUCACUUUAUGAUAUAUAACACUUGAAAGUUAAAAAACACUUUGAUAUACAUUAUCUCAUGUGUUUCAUUGCUGACAUUCCCUUUCUUCUCCAUGUGUUAGGUUGUCAGUGCCCUGAGCCUGCACAGCAAAAGAGCUCAGAGGAGCCCUGCUAUCCUGUAUGUCAUACACAUGCACAUUAGAUAAAGGCAGACAAUUGAUCUACAUUGUGCCUCUGUCUACAGGGUCUGUAAGCUCCUUAUUGUACAAAGAGGGGAGACCUCUUGGGGGUAUACAAAGAAAAACCCACUCUUAUCCCAAACAGUUACCAGAUUAUUCAUAGGGAAGAUUGGAGAUUAUGAGUUAACUGACUUUCAAGUUAUUUCUCUUCUUUCUUCUGCCUCAGUCCUCCUGUCAAUCUUCCGCCUAGGAUGCUUAUAAAAAGUACUCAGUGGAAAUGUUUGUAAUAGGGAGUUAUUUGUCCCUAAUGACUCGAAAUUGUCCUAAUUACAAAAUAUGCAUAAUGUAAAUUUGAUAAUAAAGACAACUAUUUAAAAAGGAAAAAUCAAUAUUUUUAACCAGAUCUGUGAUUUAAUUAAUGUAGGGAACUCUCAACAAAAAAACCCCCAUGCUGGUGCAGAUCAACAACUGUUCUCAACUAAAAGUUUGAACAGUUGCCUGAGGCACUGAGAGGGAAAUGACAUGUUCAGGAUAAUAAGACCAUUGUGUGCCAAAGGUAGGUCUUGGACCCAGGUAAUUUUUACUCUAAUGCCAGUGCUGUAUCUACUAUGUCUUCUGCAUGUAUAUUUGUCCUAAUUUCACCAAGAAGUAGAGAAGUGUUUAUCUUUUUUUUUGGAAAUUUAAAAAAUUUUUUCAAAACAUGUGCAAAGAUAAUUUUUUCCACAAUGACCCUUAAAAAACCUUGGGUGUCAUUUUUCCCCUCUUCUUCUGCCCCCUCCCCUAGAUGGCAUGUAA